AUGGGACAUUCACCUAGCGAUAUACGAUGCCUGGAAUUCUUCUCUGGGAUAGGUGGUUUGCAUUAUGCUUUCAUUCUAUCCGAAACUAAAGGAGAAGUUGUUGCAAGUUUCGAUAUAAAUAUAAUUGCAAAUUCCGUAUAUAAACAUAAUUUUGGGAAAGAUCCUAUCACAAAAGCAAUAGAUUCUUUGGUUAUUAAAGAUAUUGAGAAAUACAAAGCUAAUUGCUGGUUAAUGAGUCCACCUUGUCAACCUUAUACAAGAGGAGGAAAAUAUUUAGAUGAUAAAGAUCAAAGAGCAAAAGGAUUACUUCAUUUAAUAGAUAUUUUGCCAAAAUUAUCAGAUCCUCCUAAUUAUGUCUUUCUGGAGAAUGUUUUGAAUUUCGAGAAAUCAAAAUGUCGAGAAAAAUUAGUUACUCAACUUUGUUUAAUGAAUUACGAAAUAACUGAAUGCUUAUUAACACCAUUACAAUUCGGAAUUCCUAACGAUAGAUUAAGAUAUUAUUUAUUGGCAAAAAAACGAUCAGAUUUAAAGGAUUUGAUUGUUCCUCAUGAAUUUUUGGAGAAUACAGUAAUUCAUUUAACUUGGCCGUUACCUAAUAUGUUAAAAACAAAUUACCAACAAGAAAAUUAUUCUAAUAUAUUUAAUAUUCCUCCAUUGAGCGCAUAUUUAGAAGAAUUAGAUGAAGAAAAAAUUAAAAAGCAUUUGGUUCCAGAAAAAUACAUUUUGAAGAGUUUUAAUUUUAGAUUUGAUAUUGUUCUUCCAUCAGAUCACAAAUGUUCUUGUUUUACCAAAUCAUAUGGUAGCCGUCAUAUCUUUUCCAGCGGAAGUUUGAUUCAAACAAAAAAUUUGGAGUAUACAAAUUAUAAUUUUGAAAAUCCAUCAUCAUUAUUGGAAAUUGUGUUAAGAUAUUUUACACCUGAAGAGGUUGCAAAUUUACAUGCAUUUCCUAUUAAAUUACAAAAUUUUAAAGUAGAAAUUUUUUUUGAAAAUCCAUUAAAUGAAGCAGUUUAUCAAGAAAUGUCAAUUCCAAAAUCAUAUAAUUUUUUGAAUAAUCAUUAUAAAGGAACAUCUUUUGAAUUUCCCGAGAAUAUUA